AGGUGCAAUGAUUUUCUAUGUGUAUAUAGUAGAUACUGUGGAGAGUGGCCAAAGUGUACCUGUUGCUGCUGGUGCCGGAGAUACCAACAUUUGUGGUGGUAUUGUUCAGUUGUAUUGGGAAAGGAUUCUGGGACGAAGCUUAGAUUUAAAUGGCCAAGUUCGUCAAAUUGCCCUCAAGGCCAUAGUAAGCUUGUGGGUUGGUGCUGUGAUUAGUAGCUGGUGCAAUUUCAUAACUGUCUUGUAUGUUGGUCAUUUUCUACUAGAGGAGGAUGAUAAGUUUCUAGAUAAGGUUUGAGCUACAGUUCAGGAAGAGGAAUGUCAAGCCCUUGCUGCAUUUGGUGCAUGUUUCCAAUAUUAAUAAUUGUUUGAAGAAGCAUUUUCGAGACCUUUAAAAUGUCGUGAUCUUUGAAUUUAUAUAAUUCUGUUUGGUUGCAGUUAAUUUUACAAGCGUGUUUUCAUUGUUGGUGGAAUCAGACUUGAAUAAUAUGGGAUUUAUGUGCUUUAAGAUAUGAAUGGGAUUUAUUUUUGCUUUAAGAU